AUGCGAUGCAUUGGUGUUGCCGGUGAUGGCUUGCAUGGAGUCCUGAAUCACCCAGUCACCUUUAAGCCAGGUUGCAAAGCACGAAACAUCGAGAGACGAAGCCUGACAGUACUGCGAAACUCGCAGCGAAAGACCGGAGGCAUAAGACGAGAGAUUCGUCCGCAAACUGCCCACCAGCGGCGUGACCGGCUUCUUCUCAUUGACGCCUCAGCGCAGGAAGCAACGGAGCGACCUCCAGUUGCAGGAUGCUACCUCGGCCAGCGUCGAAACACCGGUGACACCGUCGCCAACGUCUGCGUAAGCAUCUCCGAGCUUCUCGUCGACGUCUCAUGUGCAAUGUCUCAUCGAUUUUGGACUCUCGGAGUGCUGGUCCUCCAGCUUGCUGUCGCCGCCGUGAAUGCAGCGUCGGCCGCCGAGAUCCUCUCGCAGGUCCCGUCGUGUGCUUCCGAGUGCAUCAGCAGCACAUUCAUCACGUCGGCCUGCGAUCCAGAAGACGUGACCGCGUGCAUCUGUCUCGACAUUGCUGUCCAAUCGGAGCUUUCGACAUCAACGGUAGAGGGAGCCCUGUGCGAAGGGUACCCCAAAGCGUCGCGAAGGACGGAAGUCCGACGGACGCUCAUCAUCAGCUGCAGUCUUGUGCUGUUCAUCGUGACGCUUCGUCUGUUCACGAGCAAACAGUAUGCGGGUGGUCUAUGGAGGGACGACUACAUGACCAUCCUCGCGGCGGCACUCCUCAUCGCCUUGGCCGCGGUCUACCUGCACAUUACAAGCAUCGGUUUCGGCAUGCACUACUGGACGAUACCCGUUGGUAAUGGGGUCGUCAUCCGAAAGGUUCGGUGA